AAACCAACGCCAUGCAGCGGGGAGUGAGGAUUGGCGCGUAGAAAGGAGAAUGCAUGGACAGAUAUGCGGCUGGCUUUCCGGAGGGCCUGGAAGUAGUCCCACAACACCUCUCAAGUGUGUGAAUGAGAAGGAGCCGGGACAGGAAGAGCGCACGGGCUUCAGCACUGACGUGCUGACAAAAGGACUGAGGGAGAUGAGAGCGCACCUGUUCCAACUGGACUCUCCCAGCAGGGGGGUUCGACAAAAUCCCUGCCUUCUCCUGGCAUCUGUGAGGAGGAGAAACGCUGGAGGGUCCAUCUGCCGAGGGCUCGCCAGACACUCUGGAACCUGCCUGGGAAAAAGAGUCGCUGGGCCUCGACUACUCUGCCACGGGGGUCUCGCAGUGGUUUACCACCAAGUGGCACAUCAGACGUCAUAGACCAACUGGCUAGACUCUCUCCAAUACUGUGGUUACCGAUGUGCCCCGGGGGCCAGCGUACCUGAGUCAAGAUUCUUGGGAUUGCUGUUUUUCCAGAGAACCUCGUCACAGCAAGGACCUGGAUCUGAGACGUUGAUCAUCACCGCAGCCAAGCACCCUCAGCAGGCAGCGAGGCAUGAAUGAUGGUGCUUUGGUGCUGCUACAAAAAAAAGGACAAACUCCGACUGCAACGGACAAUCAAAACUGCUGAAAAGAUUGUCGGUACCCUCUACCCACACUUGAGGGCUUGGACGCUGCCAGAACUAAGACAAGAGCAUGCAAAAUCCUCUUGGACCCUUCACAUCCUGGUCACCGGCUCUUCCAGCUCCUUCCCUCAGUGGGAUGCUGUAGCUUUGACACAGUCAACAUCAGAUUCUUGCUCUCCUCCCUGACGAAGGCCCUUCUCCCCCGAUCGCUCAGUUUAGAUGGACGCCCAGCUCUAAAAAGAGUCCUGGUGGUUCCAAACGUCUUCCAUUUAUGGAUGAUAGAGGAUACUGUGGUCAUUGUCUGAUGCUUCAAAGCAUUACACAUUUUUUACAUGUAAUUUCUUGGGUUUCUUUUGGAUCAAUUUUCAAAAACCUCAAAAAAAAAUUUUUCCCCAUUGUCAUUAUUAUUAUCGGUUUUAAGGCCAAAUAAUUUGGAUCCAUUUUGGAAUGAGCCUGUAAAAUUACAAAACGUGGAACAACUAAAGCACUGUGAUGUGAAUACGUUCUGGAUGCGCUGUGAUUGAAAAGUCAGCUGGGCGAGGGUCUUUCUGAAUGUAGCAUGAUCCAUAUGGCCCAUCUCCUGUGUGAUGGAUGAUCAUGAUGGAUGAGCUGGCUCAGGACCUGGCGUCUGCCUUGGAGCAAACCUCAGAGCAGUUCAAAGAGCUGUGGGAGAAAAUGCUUUUGAGUCCACUUAACCGGAGUCGGCAGGUUGGCCAACGCGGAGGCCGCAAGCGCCGCAGUCAGUCUUCGGUCCAUCCACCCAAGGAAAGACCCUGCCGGGUGGAAGUGUCAGAGUCCGGCUUAGAAAAAGCUCCUCAAAAGUGCUGGCGAAACACUCCGUCAGCCUUGAUAGCGUCGGUGGUCGACUGCAGUGACUCUAAUGACACGGCCGCCUCCGACCGCUCCCUCAUCAGACGCCCAAACAUGAGCAGACUGCUCUCCUGGCCUGAGUUGGACUCUUCAACUGAGAAUAAUCUAAGACAGCCCCUCAGGAGGAGGAGGAAGGCCAAACGCGUGACCUCACACAUCCUAUUCAGAUUGCAACAGAAGUUAAAGGUUUCCGGCGCGGAAUGGGAACUGAGGCUCAGGCUGUCCAGGGUGCAGCAUCCGUCGACACUGAAGAAGAGGUUGAACGGGCGGACUGAUGGAGGGAGGCUGCAGUGGUGGAAAAGAAAGAUCCCAGUGGAAUCCAUGGAACGCGGAGAUACUACAGAUGAAAUCAUGUCAGAGAGUGAAACAAGCAGUACCUGCAACAGUGACACGGGCCUUUUCACCAAUGAUGAAGGCAGGCAAGGUGAUGAUGAGCAGAACAACUGGUUCGCUGAGGGGCGACUUGCAGUCUUGAGUCUCGUCGCACGUUUACUACCAGCUACCCAAUCACAAUUCCACAGAUGACCAAUUGAGCACCUCUGCCCCUCGCUCACCUUCCUGUAGCCGACACGGCCAACUGAGAGAGGUUGUGCAACAUUGAGAAGACUUGAUAAAGCCUGACUGAGAAAAGCCGUCGUUCAAGUUUAAAUCAGUUGCCCCGCCCUGCUGCCACAUGCAUCAAGAGGAACAGGAGGAGGCUUCUCAGUAGGACAGACGAACAUCACUGAUGUGAGAAAGAGGGAUGCAGUGUCCAUCACAUCAUCAGGUAAUAGGCCUGUGGCCUAUAUCAGUGAUUCCCAACCACUGUGCCGUGAGCGCUUUUCAGGUAUGCCGUGGGAAAUUAUCAACGUUUACUUAAUUGCUCACAAAAUUAUUUAUUUACAAGAAAUCAUUUAUCUUUGUUCAUCUAAUUAUGCCAGUGAGGCAUAUUGACAGACAGAACAAAUAAAUGCUCUUCUAUUAGAUGGCAGGAACUACAUACAGUAAUUAAUGUAUCUACUUUUUGUGACAUUUUUGUUUGUUGGUGUGCCGUGAGAUUUUUCAACUGUAAAAUAUGUGCCUUGGCUCCAUAAAGCUUGGAAAUCAUUGGCCUAUAUAACACUCACUUUAAACAUGACUGGAAAUUAAAACCAGCAGUUUACACAGAUCAAAGGAAGACUUUAAAAAUGUUGCAUGUGGCAGGUAUUAAGUGUUUUUGUAGUUCCACUGAAACAAUGUAGACAGUCUGAUGUUAGGGCUUCAUUUUGGACGCCCACUCAAUUGUGUGUGUGUGGACCAGUGGACCUGCCUUUUUUCAUUAGUCUGAUGGCUGCAAGUUCGGUGUAUUUGCUGGAUUAAAUUCAGAAUUGGUUUGUCCGGCUUUUCUUCUGUGUCGUCUCUCUGUGCUUCACUUCGAGUAUUGCUGUUUGUCAUUUGGAUAAAAAAUGUUGGUAGUUUCUUGAUUUAGUGAAGGGUGCAGGCCUCUGAUGUUUAUUAAUAUAGCUGCACAGUGCACUGUACCGGGCUCGAUCAUUCAUUUGGAUAAAAGAGGGGGAAUUUAAAACCAGCCGCUGCUUUACUUGGUUACAGAUUGCAUCCAUUUAUUGUGCUGAGUGAUGGAACGGCCAGUGACUCUGUCCUUCACCUCCCCAGUGCAGAACCACUUGCUAUCAGAAUAAUAAUAAAAAAAAAAACUCGCCUCUGCCCCUUCGUGAUACAUUAAAUUCAACAUGAGGAAGUUAGGGUUUCCCCCCAGCUUCUGGACAGAAGAUUGACCCACAUUGUGUUGUUAAAUAUACAGUAAGAGGAUCUCACAUAACAUACAUUAAAAGGGUCUCUGGGGUGCUUGAAAUUCUUGGAAAUGCUUAUUUUUGUGAUACGUACAGUGUUAUCUUGACUUACGGUACCCCUUUUUCAACUUGCGAGCCCUCGCUUGGUCAAAUUUUUUGAGCUUUGUGAAGCGAGUCAGAAUUUGGAGGUACGAGGGAGCUUUAGAUACGCUGCGUCUUGAGUGAAGUGGAAAAGAAAAGAACCAAAUAUGGUACGUUAAUGCCCUCGCAUGAGGGCAAGGAGAGCCACAGU